UAUAAUUGAAUUAAAAUAAAUGAAAAAAAUUGGGGCUAUUGGAAGUGCCACCUAUAGUAGGGGGAACUUUUUUUUUAAUGCAGACAAAAAAACUAGGGCUAUGGACAAAAAAUGGGUGUGACUAUUGGAGUUGUCCGGCACUCUUAGUCAACUUUUUUGUGUGCUGAAUCUAGGGUUUCUGUAUUUUGAUCAGGAGAGGAAUUGUGCAUUUUUGGUGUUGAAUGAUCUCAGAUCCAUUGCUUUUUUGUUCAAUUUAGCUUAUUUUCUGUUUCGCGAGUUUUAGCCAUUUUUGGCAAUGCUUGGAUUUUUCUCUCAAUUCGUGCUGUUGAAGUAAGUCUACGAUGUGUUGACAGUUUUUGCCCCAGAAUGUGCUGAUUUGGUGCAAUGUGUUCUCCCGCUGAUUACCGCCUGAAAUUGCUGUUGUGGCACCACGAUGGGAAGCAACACUGUGGAAUGUGGAUGCUCAUAGUAAUGUAUAGGGUUUAGGGGACACACGGUUCUCUUCUCUCUCAUAGUCUGACUGCUGUCUACCUUCUCGCAUCUUCUUCUCUAUCGGUCUCUCUGGCGAACGGAGGACAGCUGACGACAGCAGCAGGCAGCCACACGUGACCACAAGUCUGCCUGAGAAACCUCCCAUCCCCACCCCUUAAUCUUGUUGGCGUUGACAUCAACACCUUGGCAUCCAAAGCAUCCGAUGCCGAUGCCACUGCCACUGCCACUGCCUAAGUUGGAAACCAGUUUCUUUCUAAUCUGAUUGUUUUAGUUAUGUAAUUUGCGCCGGUUAAGUUUGCAGCAGUACAUAUUGAUACUGGUUUUUAUGUCUCUUUUGUGGAUUGUGCAUCCAGAUUCUGGUUUAUUAUUAGUCAUUUUCACUCAAAAUUGGGUUUGUUUUCUAUAUUCUGGUGUGUUUGACAUUUUGUAUGAAUCAGGUGUUGAAAACCAAUAUUUUAGAGAUCUGGAGAUUCUCAGUUGGGUUGUGGAGUUUAGUGAGAGUGCCAUCAGUGAUCAAACGAAAGACUGAGAAGCAACUAUUGGAGAAUUAUGGAGUGCAACAGAGAUGAAGCCCUCCGGGCAAAAUCAAUUGCAGAGGGCAAGUUAGAAAAUAAAGAUUUUGCUGGUGCCAGAAAAUUUGCUUUGAAGGCUCAGACUCUUUAUCCAGGGUUAGAUGGUAUUUCCCAAAUUUUGACCACACUUGAUGUGUAUGUUUCUGCCGAGAACAAAAUAAGUGGAGAAAUCGACUGGUAUGGAGUACUUGGUGUGACCCCAUCUGCUGAUGAAGAAACACUAAAGAGACACUACCGCAAGUUGGCUCUGAGUUUGCAUCCUGAUAAGAAUAAAGCAGUCGGUGCUGAUGGUGCUUUUAAACUUAUUUCAGAGGCCUGGAGUUUGUUAUCAGAUAAGAAUAAGAGGUUACAAUAUAAUCAAAGGAGGGAACCCAGAGGGUUUCAGCAGAAGGUCCAGAUGCAUAGUGGUGGUCCAUCAGCAACCAAGGGAAAUGGGACUUUCACCUUUGCCAAAAGGACACCAUCCCGAUCGAAGAACCCAAAAAAUGUUACUAAGCGGCCGCCACCACCACCACCUCCUAAGCCAACUCCGGCACCACCUCCAAGGAAUGAUACUUUUUGGACUAUCUGCCAUCGGUGCAAGAUGCAUUAUGAGUAUCUUAAGGAGUAUCUCGACAGUACUCUUCUCUGUCCCAAUUGUCGUGAAGCCUUUAUGGCUUCUGAGACAGCUCCACCCUAUAAUUUUUCAAAAUCUUCUAAUCAGAUUCCUCAGCAGCAAUCUUCAAAUUCUCAUCCUAGUCGGAAUGCUUUUGAUCGGGGAAGAAAUGUUCCAGUUGCUAAAAACUUGGGUCCAUUUCAAGCAGGUUCAAAUUCAGGUCGAUACCCUAACCAGCAGGAUCCACCUUCUGGAUCAACUGGUGUUGGAAGUACAGAACCAUCUAUUGCUGCAAAAGCAGCCAAUGUUGUUCAGCAGGCACAGGAUAAGUUGAAGAGGUCAUAUAGUGAAUUACAUGCGUCUGCCGUAAGGGAUGGAGGUUUUCAAAAGAGAAAACUAGAGGGUGAUAGUAGUCGUUAUGGAGUGAACUAUAAUGUAGCUACAGGAAAUGGUGGAGUUGGUAGUACUGCACCAGGGUCAAGGAUUUAUGGUUUUUCUGGUUCCACCUACCAACAACCAAACAGUACCAGAGAUUUGACACCCAUUGAAAUGCGUAGUUUGUUAAUUGCAAAGACUCGAAAGGAGAUUCUGAACAAACUGAGUAUGUGGAGGUCAGAACCUGAAGCAAUCAAAGAGAAACAAGUAACCAAGGGAAGCAUGAAAGGAAGUAAAGGCACUAGUAAUAUUGAAGGACCUGGUUGGAAUGGGAAUGGUGAUCAACCAAGAAAGGUCCAGGUUUGCAGUUCUACUGUUAAUUCUAGUAAAGAGGAUCCUGAAGAUGCUUCAAUGAGUGUUCCAGAUCCAGAUUUUCAUGAUUUUGACAAGGAUAGAUCAGAGAGUUCUUUUGGGGAUAAUGAAGUUUGGUCUGCUUAUGAUGAUGAUGAUGGCAUGCCGCGUUUUUAUGCCCUCAUUCACAAGGUGGUUUGUAGAGAUCCUUUUAAGCUAAGGAUUAGCUGGCUUAACUCAAAAACGACAAAUGAGUUCAGCAAUAUGGACUGGGUUGGGUCAGGUUUCUAUAAAACAUGUGGAGAGUUUAGGGUGGGUAGGCAUGAGAACUGCAAAUCAAUGAAUUCGUUUUCUCAAAAGGUUAACUGGGCAAAGAGCUCACGUGGGAGUGUUCUAAUAGUCCCCCAGAAGGGUGACGUUUGGGCACUCUACAAAAAUUGGUCGUCAGAUUGGAAUGAGCAUACCCAUGAUGAAGUCGUACACAAGUAUGACAUGGUGACCGUGGUGGAUGACUACAAUGAGGAACAUGGUGUGCAUGUUGCUCCCCUGGUGAAGGUUGUUGGUUUCAAGACUGUAUUUCGUCCGAAUUUGAACCCUGAAGCGAUCAAGAGGAUUCCAAAGGAAGAGAUGCUCCGUUUCUCUCACCGGGUUCCAAAUCACUUGCUCACCGGCUUAGAAGCUGAAAAUGCUCCAAAAGGAUGCCUGGAGCUGGACACAGCAGCCACCCCAUUGGAACUUCUUCAGGUGAUAACUGAAGGUAACGAGGCUCCAAUUCCAAAUGGAGAAAAUGCGGAUGAAGAGGUAUUGCAGGCCGUUCCUAAUAGCAGUUCGGAUGAAGAGGUAUUGCAGGACGCCCCUAACAGUAGUUCAGACGAAGGGUCUGAAUCAUCUGAUUAGAGCUCAGGCUGUAUAUAUAUCUGGAGGCCGAGUAGGGAAGAAAGCAAGUCGAGUUGACAAGGUAGCCAAGCAUUCAGUAGUUAUUGACCGUGAUAACAUUUUUUGUUAGUUUUUGCAACUGCACAGAAGUGGUGAGCCGUUGCGCUCUAGAAGUAUUGCAUUUUGAAACUACAGUUUAUUAUAGCAGAUUUUUUUGAAUUCGUUUUGCUGUCUUGUGAGGAGACAGUUGGUUAAAAAUCAUUAAAAUUGACA